GCAGAAGUAGAAGAGAGCGAUCAAAAUCACUUGAUCACAUUGUUAUUCUAGCUUUUAAAAAUAUAUAUCCAAAGAUCCGAGUGUGUCACGUGCAGUUCGUAUACUGGAGCCUUGUCUUUUAUGAAUUGAAUGAGAUUCCACAUUGUUAUAAAGUUAGCAGUUUAAAUUCUCUUUUUCUUCUGAGUUGGUAUGAUGUUCUCCAUAGGGGCAAUUCGCCAGACUCUCUCUGCUGACCCUUUCCUCUAGCAGAAUGGAUCCAGAAUUGGCCUUCACUAGGUGUUAAUUUUUACAUGAUAUACAGUACUGUAGAACCGAUGUCCUCGAUUGGAACCGAAGAGGGGAGGGGGAGGUACCCACACAAACACAACCCUGACCCCCGGGUGGCAGGAGCUGUCAGGGUUUUGAAAGCAGCAAAUGAUUCACCAGUUCGCACCCUUUCAUUUAACGAUGUAUUAUUCACGAUAAUUUAAGUGCUGAGAAUCUUAUUAAGGUUCAAAUUAAAGCCUAGUACAUUUAAUUAUCUAAUCUGGCGUUUCCUAUCUGACCGCAGCGGGAAGGCACUAAAGAUGACGGCGAUUUCAUCAAAAAGGAAGCCUCCCUCUUGGGCGGCGAGUGCCGGCUUUUGCCAGCAAGUGGCGCUAAGCGACGAGCCCGCACACACGCUGCCGGAACGUACCAUCUCCCCGGGGGUGGACUUAAGCGUCCCUGUGACGCCAAGCAACUCCGUGUAAGUCACCGAAUUUAUAUCCCUGAGAAGGGAGACGCUGAAGACGGGACGAGUUCGCCCCGGCUGCCAUUGCUCCUUCCUCCGUGUUUCCCCAGCGCCGCUCUUCAACUUGGUACCUCCCCAGCUGGCUGCGGGAGGAAGGGCAAAUAAAUAACGAGAGCUCCUGUCCUCCCCCCACGGCCGGCUUCCUCCUCCCUUGCCUUUGACUUCGGGUUCUGCUUCGGACCCGCCCAGGCGUGGGACACGUCGUAGCAGCGGGAGGGCGGCUGCAGGACGAACUGCGGCAGUGCCUUUCGUCUCGGGGGGAGCAGCAGGGCGUUCCGCCCUUACCUUCUUCCUCAGUUCUCAAGAAGCUUUUUUGCUAUGAACAUUUAAAAUGGAUCCCGAGGAGCAGGAGUUACUUGGUGAUUAUAGAUACAGAAAUUAUUCUUCAGCAAUUGAUAAAGCUUUGAGGAACUUUGAAUCUUCAAGUGAAUGGGCAGAUCUUAUAUCUUCUCUUGGCAAACUUAACAAGGCUCUUCAAAGCAAUUUGAAGUACUCUCUUCUACCAAGACGCCUAAUUAUCAGCAAAAGAUUGUCUCAAUGUUUACAUCCAGCUUUACCUAGUGGAGUACAUCUAAAAGCUUUAGAGACUUACGAAAUAAUAUUUAAAAUCAUUGGCACCAAAUGGCUUGCAAAGGACUUAUUUUUGUACAGCUCAGGCUUGUUCCCCUUGCUGGCAAAUGCAGCAAUGUCUGUGAGGCCUGUUCUUCUUGGUCUCUACGAGAAGUAUUUUCUUCCGCUCCAAAAGUCACUCCUGCCAAGUAUUCAAGCCUUCUUAAUAGGACUUCUGCCUGGAUUGGAAGAAGGAUCAGAAAUCUAUGAUAGAACAGAUGCUUUGCUUGUGAAGUUGUCUCUAGUAACUGGUAAAGAAGUAUUCUACUCGGCACUGUGGGGGAGUGUAUUAACCAGCCCUUCCAUCAGACUACCUGCAUCCCUUUUUGUUGUUAGUCACAUCAACAGAGAAGUGUCUGGAAAACAGCAGAAUUAUAUGCUGGGCACUGACACAAAGCUCACAAUCAAGGCUUUUUGUGUAUCAAUGCUGGAUUCAAAUGUUCUAGUACAAAGAAACACACUGGAAGUGGUUCUCUUCUUCUUCCCAUUUUACUCAACUUUGGAUCCCAGUGAAAGCGCUGUUCCACUGUCUCGGUCUGAUGUAGUCCAUCUUCUCUCAGCAGCUGCUCAAACUCUGUUAAGAAGAGACAUGUCUUUAAACCGAAGGUUAUAUGCUUGGUUAUUAGGUUCUGAUAUCAAAGGAGGUACUUAUGUACCAGAUGAAUCUAUUUCGAUGUCCUUGGAAGACCAUGCACUGUAUUUUUUUGGAAAAUAUUCGAAAGAUCUUUUAGUUGAAGCCCUAAUAGAACUACUAUAUCAGAAGUCGGCAGAAUUUGACUUGGAAGAACAGCAGCAUGCAUAUUUGAAACCAUUUCGCAUUCUUAUAAGUCUACUUGACAAACCUGAAAUAGGGCCACCAGUUAUUGCUGAUUUGUUUCUUGAAGUGAUCAGAGCAUUCUAUCGUUAUUGUGAGGAUACAUUGGGUUGUGAUCUUAAGCUUAGUUAUAGCCAAAUUGGCAGUGUCCUUUCAAGCACAAUCAAGGAAAACAAGAAUGCAUCUGAGAUUGUUAAAACAGUUAAUCUGCUGAUCACCUCCUUAAGCACAGAUUUUCUGUGGGAUUAUAUGACCAGAUGUUUUGAAGACUGCUUCAGAAAUAUGUCUAUGCAGGGAGAACCUCCAGCUAAGCAUAUAGUCACUCUUGCCACGGUUUCAGAACUCUGCACUCUCCUGGUAUUCCUUCUAGAUGUGAUACCCUUGGAACUUUAUUCCGAAGUGCAGUCUUUAUAUCUGCCUCAGAUGCUCAGCUGCAUAGUGCAGUCCCUUCUUGAAAAUAUGGAGAUUCUUAGUUUACCAGACCUAAUUCAUGCCUUAAAGACAUGCUUCAAAGUGCUCAGCAAAGUACAGAUGCCUCCUGCCUAUCUAGGUACUGAAACAGGAAGCUCAGAUGCUAGCCCUAUAAAAGAAGAAAGCCAAGAAUUGACUUCUGACCUGAAGAGGCAACAAAAUGAAGAGGACAUUCCUUUUCCUCCACUCAAGUCUGAAGAUAGUGGCAUAGCCCUUAGUGCUUCAUCUCCAGAGCUCUCACAGCACUUGAGAAUCCCUAGAAUCUUCCCAGAGAAAGAUGAUGUCUGGAAAAAAGGUGGGAGCAUGCAGAAGACCUUGCACUGUAUCCAGGAGCUGGUUGCAAAGUUUGCCAGCAGAUACAUAUUUGCAAUUCAUUUGCAAGGUCCCAGCGCAGGUACUGUUCCGACAGCACACGUUAGUCAAGAGGGGAGCAAAGGAAAUCAUUACCCAUCCACUGCAAACACUGGCAAGAAAAGGCGUUCCUGGGACUCCAAACAAAUCAUUGUGCCUCAGUUUAAGCAGAUGCUGACAGACUUGUUCACUGUACGAGGAUCACCAUUUAAACAGAAAGGUCUGGAACCUCCCUCUCCUUCAGAUGACCUUGGUAGUCAGAGAGGGAAAGAGGAGGAAGAAUGGGACAUUAACCAGGUUAUGCUUGACUUGGGAGACAUGAGAGAGGACUGCAGAGAGGCCUUUGCGGCAGUGUGCUAUUUGUUGCUGGAUUGUACUACGUUCCCUGUGUAUCUUUCUGAAGAUGAAAUGGAACACCUCUAUUCAUCUCUCUUUCAAGUGUCUGGAGGCUGUGAAUCCAGUUUCCCCCUGUGGCUGAAAUCCUUGAUGACAAUAUGCUGCUGUGUCAAUGACUGCUACAUUCAAAAUGUAGCGAUCUCUGUACUGCUAGAAGUGAUCAAUCAUUCCCAGUCUUUGGCUCUGGUUAUUGAAGACAGAAUAAAGCGAAAUAAAAUUCCUGGGCAAAACCCUUUCUUUGGAAGGUUGCAGAUGGUCACUGUGCCUCCUAUUACACCUGGAGUUUUAAAGCUAAUUUCAGAAAAAACUGAUUUCUAUCAGAGAGUUGCUCAAGUGCUUUGGGAUCAGCUAAACAAUGAGAAAAGAGAGCAUCACAACACUUGUGUAGAGCUGUUCUACCGUUUGCACUGUUUAGCUCCAUCAGCUAAUAUCUGUGAAGACAUAAUCUGCCAUGCAUUACUGGAUCAUGAUAAAGGAACAAGGCUAGAGGCACUCUUCCGAUUCUCUAUUAUAUGGCAUUUGACAAGGGAAAUCCAAGGCAGCAGAGUGACUUCCCACAAUCGAUCUUUUGAUAGGUCUCUGUUUGUUGUGUUAGACAGCCUUAAUUGUUCAGAUGGAGCAAUUGGUGCUGCAGCUCAGGGUUGGUUGAUACGAGCGCUCUCACUUAAUGAUGUCGCACGGAUUCUUGAACCUGUUCUUCUGCUUCUGCUUCACCCCAAGACACAGCGCAAUUCUAUUCACUGCAUCAAGCAGAAAAACGCAGCAGAUGCCAUGCACCUCUGGUAUAAAAAGAAAAAAGCUUACCAGGAUUCCUUGGGAGCUCCCGGACUACAUGAAAGCAGUUCUGAGGAAAGUUUGCCACUGUGCCAGUUCACAGCUGUGGACAGGGAAGCUAUAUGGGCGGAAGUUGAAAAAGACCCAGCAAAAUGUCUGCAAAAAAAUGAACUCUCUAUAAAUAAUAAUCUUCAGAGUACAGAAGCUUCACAAGAGAUGGGUGAAGAGGAUAAUAGUGAACAUACGGAGUCUGCUGAUACUAGCACUGGUCCUCUUGAUAGUGAUAAUGCAUCAUCCUUUUCUGUUUCUCUGGACCAGCAAGAUAUGAGCAGUGAGGACAAUAGUGUCUCGACAGAUGGCAGAGAAAGCAUGAAACAUGUUGGCUAUGCCGAUAUGUAUCCUCCUGACAGUUCCAAAUCCAGUACUGCACUAAGGUUAGUACGUGCAGAUUCUGAGAAAACCCAAGCAUCAGAAUCUUUCUCAAGUGAUGAGGAGGUGGAUCUAGAGCUUCAAGCACUCACCACGUCUAGGCUUCUGAAACAGCAGAAGGAAAAACAGGAGAUGGUUGAGGCUCUUUUUAAGCAUAUUCUCUUGUACCUGCAGCCAUAUGAUUCCAAAAGGGUGCUAUAUGCUUUUUCUGUACUUGAAGCGGUGCUCAAAACAAACCCUAGAGAGUUUAUUGAAGCUGUAGCCACCACUAGCAUGGAUACAAGCUCCACAGCUCAUCUGAAUCUCAUCUACAAUCUUCUAGCUCGCCAUCAGGAAGCCCUUAUAGGACAGAGUUUCUACGGAAAGCUUCAAACUCAGUCACCAUCUGUGUGCCCCCAUUCGUUAUUAAUAGAAUUGCUGACAUACCUCUGUCUCAGUUUUCUGCGCUCUUACUAUCCUUCUUAUCUAAAAGUGACUCACAAAGAUGUGCUUGGCAAUAGAGAUGUCCAAGUAAAAAGUGUUGAAGUCUUGAUCAGAAUGACAACACAGUUGACUACAAUGGCCAAAUCAAAGGAGAGCAGGAACAUAGAAUUUGUACGCAGCUUGCUUGGAAGAUGCAAAAUUCAAGAGUUUGUCCUUCUUUCUUUGUCUGCUUCUAUGUAUAUUAGUCAAAAGUGCUAUGAACGUAUCAUAGUUAAUAAGCCUAAUGGCUUAAAUAAAGAUUGUAUCCUUGAGGAGUGCCUCAUCAACUUUGGUCAUGAUCAAAUUUGGAGUGAGCACCCUUUGCAAAUUGAACUACUUAAGCUUCUUCAAGUACUGAUAGUCUUGGAGCAUCAUCUUGGACAAACUCAAGAAGAAAUGGAAAAUCAGCCAGGCCUAUCUAAGGAAUGGCAAAAAGCUCUUAACUUUCAGGAGGCAAUUAGUGCUGUGCAGUAUGUCCAUCCACAUCCUAUAACAUCUCAGGGUUUAUUUGUGUCUGCUGUAGUUCGAGGCCUACAGCCAGAGUAUGGAUAUGGCAUGCAUCCUGCUUGGGUGAGUCUUGUUGCGUAUUCCUUGCCUUACUUUGGGCGAUCUUUAGGAUGGACAGUGGCACCAUUUACUGUACAAAUAUGCAAGAAUUUGGAUGAACUUGUCAAACAAUAUGAACAUGAAACUCUGAAGAUGUCAACAAAAGCAUCUGCAAGAAGAGAGAACAUUACACCAGAUUAUCCUCUAACCCUUUUGGAAGGGCUAACAACUAUUGGCCAUUUUUGUCUUUUGGAUCACCUAAACCAAACCAAAAAGUCACCACUGAAUGCUGACCCUACAAACCUAAGAAAUGCCAGGAAUGCAAUUUUGGAGGAACUACCCCGCAUCAUUAACACCAUGUCUCUCCUUUGGAAUGUUUUAAAAAAGGAAGAUGCUCAAAAAAGACCAUCUGACUUUCCUGGAACAAAAGGCUCCUCUUCCGUCUACUUUAAGUCAACAAAGACAUUGAAGAAUAAAAUACUAGACUUCUUAAAUCCACUUACUGGACAUCUCGGAGCACAAGUUAUAGCUGCGGUAGCAGCAGUGUGGAACAGUAAAAAAUCUCAUAAGCACCACAGCAAAACAAAGAUUUCUUCUGUAGCCAAUACAUCUCAGCUUAUACUACUUGAUCUGGUUUGCGCACUCAAUACUCUGAGGACUGACACCAUAUUGCACCUAGUAAAAGAAGUUGUCAAGAAACCAUCCCUCAUCAAAGGGGAAGAGAAGUCUGUACUGGUGGAUAUCCCAGUGCUCCAAUUCUGCUAUGCUUUCAUGCAAAGACUUCCUGCAGUAGCCCUCCAGGAGAACUUCCAGUCAUUGUUAGGAGUUUUGAAGGAGUCUGUGCAAUUAAAUUUGGCACCACCAGGGUAUUUUUUGCUUCUAAGCACCCUGAAUGAUUUUGUGACCAGAACACCAAACCAAGAAAAUAAGAAGGAUCAGAAAGAUCUGCAGGAGGUAACUCAGAAAAUAUUGGAAGCUGUAGGGAAUGUUGCUGGUUCCUCCCUCGAACAAACCAGCUGGCUGAGCAGAAAUCUCGAGGUGAAAGCACAGCCUCAGAUCUCUUUAGAAGAAUCCAAUGCUGCUGAUGAUUUGUAUGAUACUUCAGCAAUACCUUCUUCAAUGGUUUCUGCUUCUGCUCCAUCAGCAUACAGUGUUCAGGCCCUCUCUCUCCUUGCAGAGGUUCUUGCCUGUCUCCUGGACAUGGUUUAUCGAAGUGAUGAAAAAGAGAAAGCAGUGCCUUUAAUUUCACGUUUGCUAUACUAUGUGUUUCCUUAUCUACGCAAUCACAGUACCUACAACCUUCCAAGCUUCCGUGCUAGUACGCAGUUGCUCAGUUCCCUAAGUGGCUAUGCCUAUACCAAACGAGCAUGGAAGAAAGAGGUUCUGGAACUAUAUAUGGAUCCAGCUUUUUUUCAGAUGGACACUUCAUGUAUUCAUUGGCGAGCCAUUAUUGAUCAUCUUCUUACACAUGAGAAAACUAUGUUUAAAGAUUUGAUGAAUAUGCCGAGCAGUUCCUUAAAACUUUUCCCAAGUUUUGAACAAAAAGCAAUGUUACUGAAGCGUCAAGCAUUUGCCAUUUUUAGUGGAGAAAUUGAUCAAUAUCAUCUUUACCUGCCUUUAAUACAAGAACGACUGACAGAAAACCUGCGUGUUGGACAGACUUCCAUAGUAGCAGCCCAGAUGUUUCUGUUUUUCAGAGUUCUGUUGCUAAGAAUUUCACCUCAACAUUUAACAUCAUUAUGGCCAAUUAUGGUGACAGAACUGAUUCAAACAUUUAUACAACUCGAGGAAGAGCUAGAUGAAGAAGAGGAACCAGCAAAGAACAACAGCAAAACAAAUAAACAGAAAACAUCAUCAGAUGGCAAUGGUCCAUUACUUGGUGACGUACAGCCAAAUGAACUAGCCUUAUACUUAUCAGCCUGUAAAUUCUUGGAUACUGCACUUUCUUUUCCGCCUGACAAAAUGCAGCUGUUUCAAAUGUACAGGUGGGCAUUUGUUCCAGAAAUGGACACAGAGGCCUACAACAAGACCACAGAAGCAAUGGAAAAUCACCAGGAAUGCAAACCACAUAGUGUCAGAAUUAUGGAUUUACUGAAGCUGAAGUGUGUGGAACAAAAUAUCAGUGAGCGUACAGCACAAAAUUACACCUUUCCUCUUUUGGACCUUCGUUCCAUAUCACACAUUACACAGUUGAUGCCAUUUUUCAGGAUAUUAAGCUGUGCAUUUAAAAUGGAAAGCAACAGAUCGUUAAACACGAAUAACCUGAAGUACCUAAAAAUGGACAGUCCCAUGGGUGGUAGUGCAAAGACACUGCGGCUACUGGAAGAGUGUGUUGAACGUGAUUUUAUAGAAAAUAUGGAAAGUUAGUAUACUUUGAAAAGAGGUCCAUGAUGUGAAGCUUGUAGUUGUUAUAUAACAAUUUCGAUUAUGUAUGUAAAUUAUCAAAUGAAAAUUUUAGAAUUCAUUUCAGUUUCCUUUUUUCCCCUAAUACUUGUUCUGCUUUUGUGGAUUAGACAUUGCUCUUGUGUCUCCAGGGAACAAAUUAGCAUAAUCAUGUGUAGAUUUCUUUAAAUGAAGGAUUUUUAUUUGAACAUAAAACAGAAACAUAGUUGAGUUUGUGUAUAUUAAGAAAGCAAUAGAUUUGCUAUUUAUCUGUUGAAGAGAUUUUCAGCUGUACAAGACCUCUUUUUGGAGUCAGAACCCCAAGAAAUUAUAUCACGCAAAUCCAUGCAUGGAGAUUCUAUUUUAAAGUUAUCUUCUAUUUCUAACCAUCUUUUCUGUAGCAAAAUGUUAAAAACAAAAAAAUAGCAUGCUGUACAUACACAUAUUCACAUAAAACAUUAUUCCAACAUACUGGCCAAAAUCUUAUUGUGUAAAUGUACACUUCUGCAAGCUGAUGUCAUCAGCUGUGGAUUUUUAUUGUUCAUUAGAACUUUUCUAUCCCACCCGAACCCAUUCUGCCAAGUUCUGUGGCUCGUUUGGGAUCCAUUUUGACCUAGCAGGUCUGUUGGCAGCAAUUUUGGAGGCAUUAAGGGCACCCACAACCCUAUCCUGAGGUUUCCAAAGGCUCCCCAAGGGAGCCUCGGAAUCUAGGUAGAUGGUAGGGAUGGUAGAAUAGGAUACUUUUAAUGAGCAAUAAAAGCCUGCAGCUGAUGAUGUCAUCAACUUGUAUGGGUGUAAAUCUACACAAUAGGACUUUGGCCACUAUUCUGCAACCUUUCUAACACAUAUACAAUAGUUUCAGGCUGCAGACAUGCACGGGCUUAUUACCAAAUAGGCUUCAAAGACCUAAGUGGAAAAUAUUUCUUGUUAAAUGUUUUUACGAUUGGACUUUAAUCAUAUAUGUUCGCAUAAGAUUUGAAAAGAAUGAUUCUUCUAAAACUGAAAAGAAAAUAUUUUAUGUUGAAAACAUAAUGAACUUGUUUAAAGUCAUAAUUGCCUUCUAUUGUUUCUUCAGUGGGUACCAAGUUGUAGGUAGGCCUGUUUUUAAAGAAUGUGUAAGGUCUGUGCCGUAGUUGAAAAAAAAUGGUGGUGUGUAUAUAAUACUGUGCUGCUUUUGGUUGCUUAAUUUUUGGAGCACAUAAUUUACAGUUCCAUGCUGAAAGAUUGGUGCAGACAUGUAUAUUUACACAGUGUUGCAUAAAAUUGGAAAUAACUGUGUACAGUAUCAUGAUUCAGUUUCAGGAAGAUGCUAUUGGUUCAAACCCUUUGAUUAUUACACAACACUAGCAAUGCAUGGGUUCAGCCAGGGAAGAAGGGGUGGGUGUUAGUGUUGGUUAGGUAAGUAUCAUGUCAAUGGCAAAUGGAAAAGUCAGUAAGAAAACAAAUCUAUGAGGCAGCUGGAUUUAUACUGAUGUAAGUAGAAUGGUGUAAAUGGUGAUGUUGAACUGCUUUUAAGUAAUGCUCACAUUCCUAAUUGUGUGACUGGCACAUGAUCUAGAAUAUUAGCAGCAAUUCAUUCAUUAAUGGAAAUUCACCACCAUGCUUUAUACAAUUACACUUACACCCGUACAAAUCACCAACAGGAUUCUGACUCAUGUAUUAAACAUAAUUGCUAGCCUAGUCUUUAUAUGAACUGCAAUAAUACUUAACUAUUUUAUAAGUUAUUAUAAAUAAUGCCUUCAAUAUGUGUCUUUUUCCUUCCUCACUCCUCGAGCAGUUAUUACUAGCUGUAAAUCUAGCACCAUCACAUCCUUUUAAAAAAACACUCAAUUGAGCAAAAUCCAGCCAAACAUGUACAUUUUUAUUCCCCCAUUAUUAAGAUGGAAAGUAAAGCAUCAAAUUUCUCCAUUGAAAUCAUGGGUCUUUUCAGCUGCUUAAGCUUGGGUCCACUGUGCCCAAAGUGGCUGCGGAGAAAUAUUAUUUUCAAGAGUUUCGAUUUUACUUUUUUCCAUUCAUUGUUUUUUUCAAAGUGCCCACAUGUUAUCAGAGACACUAGGAGUACAUUGGAAAGGCAUCAGACAGUAUCGAUUGAUUUAUUUCAACAUUUAUAUAGUAGAGUAUUUAUGUAUUCUUAUCUAUAUAUAACUUGAUGAUGGGUUUUCUGUAUUCAUUUUGAUACUGAUUAAAUCCUGAACAUACAUUACAUGCUUUAUUGUAAUUAUGUUAAAGGGACUAAAAUGAAGGAUUAAUCACUUGUUAAUAAUUUUGUAAAAUUACACAAUUACGUUUACAUACUAAACUGUAUUUUUCCUUAUGAAUGUGAAAUUCCAGUCUUAUGAAUGUAAAUUCUUUCACAGGUUUAUGUAAUCACAGGUGUAAAGAUGUAUCUCCUAUAAAGCAUAUAUUGCUGCUUAAUAAUUGUGUAUUCCUUACCAUUUGGAAUUUUAAAUGUAUGUUGCUAAUGCUCAGGGAAACAAUAUAUUUGUCAUGUGCAAUA